AUGGCGGCUGCUACGGAGAGCAUGCGCCCCGGGGACGCAGAUGCCUGGUCCGCCUCGACGAAGCGCAACUCAGCUCUAUUGAGCAUACCCAGCUACUACACAAGCUUCAUCAACGAGAAAAUUGAUGACUCCGAGAGCGACAAGACGUUCAAGGAGGCGACUGUCGUUACUGUACGGAUAGUUCCAAUGGAAAGCGUGCAAAAGGCCAAUAUUUACAUAGAUGUGGAAGCCAAGGGCGAGGCUGCAGUAUCGAUACCAGAGACGUGGACACCAAACAAGAACGAGUGGCUCAUUAUGAUCAGCCUCGCGUUUAUCUCGCUCAUGGUGGCCUUGGAUUCCUCGAUAUUAGUCACUGUGCUGCCAGUCAGUCCAAGCAACACCCACAUUCGACAGAAAGGUACUGACUUUGUCGCAUUCUGGGCUGGUACAUCGUAUCUGCUCACCUCAGCCAUCUUCCAGCCAGUCAUCGCGUCCAUCAGUCAGACCUUUGGUCGGCAGCAACUCCUCGUCUUGUCUCUCAUCUUCUUUACAGUUGGUACAAUACUUUGCUCGGUAUCAAAGGACUUCACAACGCUGUUGGCAGGCCGAAGCAUACAAGGCGUAGGCGGUGGCGGCAUAAUCUGUCUCACACAAGUCAUCUUCUGCGACAUUGUACCGCUCAGACAGCGACCGAAAUACUUCCCUCUAGUGUUGGGCUCGUGGUCCUUUGGAUCGAUUCUUGGCCCACUCAUCGGCGGCGUCUUGACCGAGAAAGCUUCCUGGCGAUGGUGCUUCCAUAUUAACUAUCCGUUUUGUGGCAUUGGCUUCAUCGUCGCAAUCAUGUUCGUCCGUCUCAACAGAGUCGCAGAGAUCACGUUGUCUCAGAAGCUGAAGCAGACUGACUGGAUUGGCGCUCUCAUCUUUGUCGGUGGCAUGAUCAGCUUCCUUGUUGGCCUGUCCUGGGGAGGUAUCCAACACCCUUGGAAUUCUGCUGCGACAUUGGCGCCAAUAGUCGCUGGGCUUUUUGCGCUCGUCAUCUUCUUCUGGUGGCAACAUUUUGCCCAGCCUCACAGUCUGCUACCCAUCUCCAUCUUUUACAACUGGAGUGCUAUUGCAGCAUUCUACUGUGCGCUCGUCAAUGGACUAAUUCUCUUCACCGCACUAUACUACAUUCCUUUCUAUUUCAUGUCUGUACGAGGUCAAUCGCCAACAGAAGCCGGAAAGGACUUAUUGCCGGCCAUGUGUCUCCUGGUGCCUGGCUCCAUUGUCGUCUCAGUCAUCACAAGUAGGCUCGGACGAUUUCGCUGGGCAAUCUGGGGCGGCUGGACAGUCACAACUCUCGCUAGUGGUCUUCUGCUGCUCUUCGGUAUUCACACUAGCGAUGUGGUACUGUACGUGAUACUGGCAGUGUUCGGCAUCGGAACGGGCAUGGUACUGACGAGUGUCAAUGUGGGCAUUCAAGCAAUCUCAAGGCCCGAGGACUGCAGCAUGGCCGCCAGUAUGUACGGAUUCUUCCGAAGCCUUGGAAUGCCGCUUGGUGUUGCCCUUGCCGGCACAAUCUUCCAGAACGCCAUGUCUGAAAAUUUGGCAGCGUCCGGAUUACCUGCGGAAAUUGCACACGACUCGGAACGAUGGGUAUAUGUACUUCGAACCAUGGCGGAUGGGCCACAGAAGACGGCCAUUCUAGAAGCAUACAUGAAAGGGUUUCAGUAUGUCUUCAUGAUGAUGACAGGUAUCUCGGGCAGCGCUUUGGCCGUUAGCUUCGUCAUCAGGAAGUUCAGCAUGGACAAAGCUCUCUCAACGCAUUUCACAGCGCGCUAA